UACAACGUGGAGUUGUUCCCUCCCUUCCUCCCUCCCUCAGAGAGUCAGUCAGUCAGUUUUUACAAGCUGUUGCAUGCAGCCCUCUCCACACACAACGCGUGGGUGAAAGCAGAAGGAAGAUGAGAGGAGGAGAAGAGAGGUGGGACCUGCAGCUGCCUAACCUGGAAAGAAGGCGCAAGAAUGCCCUGUGAGACGGUGUGGAGGACCCGCCACAUACACGCACACAGGAAGAAGUGACAAGACUCGGAUAUUGGUGCUAAGCGUCAUCUUCUUGGCUGAGAAGAAGAAUAAGUUCACGUCAGAAGUAGUCUUCAUUAAGCAGCAGAGAUGAGAUUGAACUUUUCUACAAGUUGGAUAGUCCGAGGCUGGAUGACGUGUGUCCUCGUGACCUUUUACGCACAGAAUGCGAUCUCCAAAUCUCUCCAGUGUGAUGAAAAGGAGUACUUAAGUAAAAGCUCCAGGUGCUGCAAUAAGUGUCGGCCAGGCUUCCGUGUGUUUACUGAGUGCACUGGUUCCGUCCAGACUAAAUGUGUCAAAUGUAGUAGUGGUGAAUACCAGCCCGGAUGGACUGAAAAAACGCGCUGUUUACAGCAGAAGUUCUGUGACGAAGUUAAGGGUUUUAUGAAGAUGCCUGAAAACCUUGAGGCAGAAGAGUCGUGCCGCUGCCUAUCCGGCCUCCAAUGCCAUCCCAUCAACUGUGAGUGGUGUGAGCAGAUACCCCCCUGCAGAGCUGGAGAAGGACUCGAGGUAGACCCUGAGUCUCCUUAUGGAAGGAUGAUCUGUGUUGCGUGUAAGAAAGGCUACUUCUCUGAUGAAAAUACUCACAAUCAAUGCAAACCAUGGACUAAUUGUAAGGCUGAGGGCCGGAGUGAAACGCAACCAGGCAGUGCAAAGGCUGACGCAGUAUGUGGACAACCUUUCUCUGGUGCAGCGCCCUCCUGGGUCAUAGUUUCAGUGCUGUCAGUUAUCACUGUUCUGUGUCUCCUCAUUCUGCUCCUCUUCUGCUACAAGGACAAACUGAAAUUACUCUCUGUAAAUCUGCGAUCCUGUGUCCAGAAUCUGAAGAGGACUAGGAUACAACAGGAGACCUUGGCCCCUCUGUACCACAGUGGAGCAGGAGGAGGAAUAGGAGGAGGCCCUGGAGGCUCCAAAUGUACACCAUGUGAGCUGACCAAACUACCCACCCCCCCGCAGCCCACUGAUGAGCCUCUAUGCACCUUCCCCACCUCUGUCUCCGAUGUCAAGGUCUCACUGCCCUUCACAGGGGAAAUGAAAGAGGAAGAAGGGACCAAAGGCAAGACAGUGAUGGAGGAUCAGAGUGAAGGGUCUGGAGAACCUGAGGAGGUGUCAGAAGAAGAGGAGGUUGUGAGUGUGCUUCCUCUUUUGGCAGGUUCUUGCGUGUGUGUCAUUCCCAUCCAUGAGCCAUUGGAAGUAGGUGAGAAUGAGGACUGUAGCCAGGCUGUCAGCCCCGGGACUCCAGCAACCUGCUCAUGCGGAGGGCUUGAUGGAGAUGAGAGUGGGAAAGAGGAGAAAAGUGAGAGUGUAAGGGCAGACAAUGGAGAAAAGGGUGACGGAAACCAAGAAAAGGUUUUGUCCAAGAGUGAGACAAGUGUUGCGGCUCUUGACUCUCUUUCGCCUCCUUUCUUCCACACCUCCUCUGUAAUCACUCCCUCCGGUCCAAUUCCUGAACUCUGCCUGCCGUUGUCUCAGGCUCAUGUGAGGCCGGAGUUUAAACCUGACCUGACUGACAGGUCACUGGUAAAACAAAAGGAUUUAUACAGAUUGGCAAGCACAGACUCCACCUUAACAGAGAAAAACCACGUGACCUCGGUCAGCCCCUUGAUGACAUCCUCAUCUGUUGGAGAUCUCUACCUGGACAAGCCCCCUGAGUCCUCGAGCCCGGAGCAAGGCCUGGGACUUUCCUGGAGGGAUAGUAGGGGAAACAAGCUCUCUUCUGUGGAGUCGGAACUGGAGUGCUCACCUGAGAGCCUCCAUAGUCAGCUGGCUGAGCCAACUCUUACCUCAGGUCAGGUGUCUGGGAACAACAACACCACCUUCAUCUCCAGCGGUCAGGUGAUGAACUUCAGCGGUGAUGUCAUCGUCGUCUACGUCAGCCAGACGUCUCUCGGCAGCGAGGAGACGGGGCAGGACCAUGCCUUUGGGAGCCCUGUCCAGGAGGAGGCCAAUGAGACGGACCCGUUCUUCCAGAGCAGCCUGAGGUCACGGGACUCUGUCUCCUACAGCACCCUGCAAGACGAAACACUGCCAGUCCAGGAAGCGAUGGAGGAGCGGCCACUUGGAAAAUGAAAAGGGAUCAGUGGCUCUUUAUUUGUCAGUGCAGUGAUCAUCUCCGCAAUCAUCAGUUAUCACAAAAAUGAACUCCUAUCAUUUCUGGUGGUAACCUUACAUAUCAUACACAGCUCCAAAUGAAAUUACAAAAUGAACUG